AUGAUUGUGCCUGCUCUUUUCUCGCAUUUUCUUUUACACUAUAACGUCCCUCACCCAUUAAUUCAAAUUACUAUCCUUCAACUGCUUCGAUUUCAUCUUCUCAUUACCACAACUUCGCCUAUUUCUCUCUUACUCUUUUUCUUCUUUCUUUUUGACUUUUUCUUCUUUCCCGUUCAACUACACACUACAGCUAUAAUCUUAUUUCGAAAUAGUGAUUUUUUUUCCGUGUCAGAGAAAACUUUUCUGAUAUCACAUUGUUCAUUACUGACACAAAGAAUUUCUUCACAUUUUCAGUUCGUCUGCUUAUUCCAUUUUGUUUUCUUGAUAUUUCUAACAACUUUUUUAAGUUAUUUUUUUCAAGACGCGACUUCUUUUCCCCAGUGCUUCUUUCUUUCUUUCUUUCUUUCUUUCUUUCUUUCUUUCUUUCUUUCUUUCUCGCACCAUUUUCUGUUAAACACUUCAGCAUAA